AUGGCGGAAGACAAAAUUACAUUUCAAGUUAAUUUUAAAGGUACAAUAAUCCAAAUAGAGAAUUGGACAACCAAUUCUACAAUUCGCGAACUUAAGGAACACCUUACGGUGGAAACAAAAGUGCCUGUAGAAUUUCAGAAAUUAAUAUAUAAAGGCCUUCUUAAGGAUGAUGAAACCCUGCAACAAAGUAAGUUUAAAUGUGGAAUCAAAGUAAUGCUAAUAGGAAGUUCGCAACAGGAAGUUCAAUCGAUAAAAGUAGCAGACGAGAAAUUAAUAAACCAGCCAACAAAAUCGAAAUAUUCAGUAAAUCCCUAUAAAAAUGUAAAACGGACAGAGGAUCUAUCAUCCAAUACAUACACAUUCCAUCAAAUUGAAGUCAUAGAACACUUUCCUAAUCCAGAAAAGGCACGGGCACUACUCGAAAGAUUACGUGAUGAUCGAGGUAUUCGUGCUAUUAUGUUACAUUAUAAAUGGAGCGUCGGAACACUACGAGAAUUAUCACCAGCUGAGAGAACAAUAUUAGGUUUAAACCGUAAUGCCGGACAAGAGAUUUCUCUGAGAUUAAGAACAGAUGAUAUGGAGGGAUUCAGGAAUUAUACUGAAGUUCGAAAAGUUUUGUUACAUGAGCUUACGCACAACGUAUGGGGAAAACACGACGAUAACUUCCAUCGCCUUAAUAGACAGUUGAACAAAGAUGUUUUAUCUAUGGAUUGGACUGCUUCGGGAGGACAUAAAUUAUCAAAUUCAGAUUUUUAUAAUCCCCUUGAAGGUGAUGUUAAUUCGAACGUAUACGAGGGUGGAAUUUUCAAACUAGGUGGGGAUUCAACACGAACUAGUAGUUUACCUAGGCGGGAGCUUUUGGCAGAGGCGGCAUUGAUUCGGUUAACAAAGGAAGAGCAAGAAUUGAACGAAGGAUGCGGUUCUGAGAAUUAUUCAGGAAAAGAUUCAUAA